GUAUUCCUCUCUUGCAUUGCUCAUCGGCAGCUCGCUUGUUAUUGGGGCUUGCAUCGCCAUUUCGUCAUCAGCUUGAUAAUGGAGGAACUCUCACUCGUUUGGAAAAUCAUUGAUUGGUUCGAUGAUUGGGCGCUUCGGCUGGCGACUCUUGCCAGCUUGUUCUUGACAUCAAUCCUCAUGCUCUCCGCCGAGACUCGCCGGCACAACAAGUAUCCCUUUGCUAUGUUGUUGCUGUGGGCGGUGUACCAGGUCCAACCAAAAGUCACGGAGUACGCCCUCACCCAUCUCAGCAUCAGCAGCAGCACCUGCUGCACGUCGACCUCAGCACACGAGCAGCAGCUGGUCUCCUUCUGGGCACCAUUCCUCCUCCUCCAUCUGGCUGGCCCGGACAACAUCGCCGCCUUCGCUCUCGAGGACGGCAAGCUCUCCUGGCGCAAGGUCGGCAAGGCACUAUGGAACAUAGCACAAGGCUUGUAUGUCAUGUUCAAGUACAUAUACCUUUGUAACAGUGGGGUUCUUCGCUCCGCGGCCUCCAUCAUGUUAGCCCUAGGUGUAGCCAGGUACAUGGAGAAGGUGAUCACCCAACUGCGAUGCAACAUUGACAACCUAUGGCACUCCGGCGACGACAGCAGGCAGAAGACAAGCACCGGCGACGGCGAGUCUCUAGGUCAUGUAGUGAUCUCCUCAAGCUCAAGGCAACAUCGUCAUGGGAAAGAAGAAGAAGAGACGACUCUCCUGCUGAUCUAUGCUCACACUCAGUUCCUGGCUUGUGGCCGUCGUGCCAUGGCUGAUUCCUCCGUUGAGAAGGAUUCGCCCAACUACAAAAUCGGCUGGGAGAUCUUCUCUGCAUUGGACGCCAAGGAAGUAUGCAAGGUGGCCGGAAUGGAGGCCUCUCUGAUGUACGACGUCCUGUACACCAAGGCCACCGUGGUCCACACCUGGGGAGGCUACCUCCUCCGCCUCGUCUCGCCGGUCGGCACGGCGGCAGCUUUCUCCUUGUUCCUUGUUCGAGGUCACCUUCGAAGCUUUGAAGGACUCAUGGGUUGAGAAGAAAUGCGUCCCCUGUUGUUCCACAUCUAGAAAGGCCAAGCUUGCUGAGGUUCUGCAGAAAGAGAUGUCUGGCAAAAACCAAGUCCCUGCAGACACUAAUCGGCUUCUUAUCUGGGUUGGAAAUCAGCUUGCCACCGAGCUGUUGAAAGUGAAGAAGGAUCAGAUGGAGGAACUGCUGGAGCUCAUGCUUGACGUGUGGGUGGAUAAGAUGCUGUAUGCGGCCAUCCGGUGUAGCAAGGAUUCUCACGCCAAGCAGCUUGGCCGGGGUGGUGAGCUCACAACCAUACUGUGGAUUGUGGCAGAGCACGCUGGCACGUUUGUGAUUGGGGAUGAUCCACCACAGCCAAAUGAUGAUGACAAGCCCCCUAGACACAACGGGAAACGAAAACAGAAAAAGAUUUGCCACCAAGAUCCUGUGGAACCUGAUGAUGAAGCGUGUUCGCGAAAAAAAGAACCUGAUGUUUGCCCAAACAUUAGUUGUGUGCAAGACUACUGUUGUAUGGAGGAUUACUAUUAUUGUUGAUGAGCGAUUUUCGGGUAUGUUUAAUUGCGAAUUCAAAAUGUAAAAGAGCCAUGCAUGAGCAUGAGUGGUGUCGUAGCUAGCUAGACACAAAGUGACAUGGCCGUGCAUGCAUUCCAUGCUGCUAUUUUUUUGUUUCUUUUUUGGUUGAGGGCAAUGGCAGGUGAUCUGCCAUUUCACUAAAGAAUAAAGAGUAGCAAUUCUUGUCAAA